CUUGCCAAAAUCUGGAUUGAUCAAUGCCAAUUCCAUAAAUUUAAUUUGGAAACGAAACCCGCCAUGACCAAUCUCAAUUCCCUAUUUUUUGAACCCCCUGGGAAGGAAGGUAAAGAUAGAACGCACUGUUCCAACUUUCAAAGAGAUCAAUAAUCACUAUUCAUGGUAGACGAAGAGAAUCUCUUUACACCUUGGGUGACAACAGCACCAAGGUGAUUUAUUUAUUUCUAGCCUUCCCAAUAAAGCCUUAUGCAGUCAGAGCCUUAGCUGGAAGUCCAUCUUUACCGUCGAGCACCGGGUCACUGACUCAUAUGGACUCGUUCUUUGAUUGAGCCAACCAACUCAAUCUGCCAGAGACGAACAACCAUCUCCGACCAUGUCUUUCUUCGAAGCACUUCUAGGGUUUUGCCUGAUUUCAUGGUUAUCUUUGAUCUCUGCACAAACCCACCUCAAUGAAACUCAAUUUCCUGAUUCAGAUUUCAAGACAGAACCAACAGCCUAUGAAAUGCUUGAAAAGUUCAAUUUCCCAAAAGGGAUUCUCCCCGAAGGUGCCAAGGGAUAUGUACUCCAUGAUGAUAACAGAUUUGAGGUAUAUCUUGAUGGGAACUGCAACUUUAAUGUUGAUGGAGGGUAUAGUCUGUAUUACAGCAAGAAGAUCACAGGGCGAGUUGGGUAUGGUUCUUUGACGGAUUUGAAAGGAGUGAGCGUCAAGAUUUUGUUCAUUUGGCUUGGAAUCAAUGAGGUGAGCAUAGAAGCUGGGAAUUUGGAUUUCUAUGUAGGACCCUUAUCGGCGUCGUUUCCUCUCUCCAAUUUUGAAGAAUGCCCUCAGUGCGGUCGCGGGGUGAAUUGCCCUAAACUGGUAUCAGAUUCCUAAGGAGGGAGAAAUAAUUUUAUUUUAUUUUUUUGUAAUAUGUUAUUCUCCUUUUGUGAUGAUGAUAAUGAUUCAUGGUUAUUCUUACUGUCAAAAACGCGCUAUGGUUUGAUUGAAUAAACAUGGAUCAGGAUGAUCUUACAUGUAUUCUUGGUUUGGAAGAUAUAUGUAUACAUGAUUAAUGGUUGUGCUGAAAA